AUGGAUGGCAUCGUGGAAAAGGUUUACGCGGAGCCCACCGUACCACCAGUUAUCGCUAUUACAGAAGUGGGUUUUCUGAAUUCAUCAACAUUUUUAGAUUGUGGCAUGGCAAUUGAGAAUACAUCUAAUAGACCUGUAUUAAAAAUAUUCAACCAACACGGUGGUACAGUUGAAGAAGAAGAUCCUAGUAGAAAGGAAACCGGAAACAAAUACUUAAUUUUGAGGAAUAAAAGAACAAAUAAGGUUUCAGUUUAUGGUGCCAAAGUUACUUAUCUUAAAAAACCAGACUACUUUAAAAUGAAAACGUUUGAAGACCAGUCAUUGACUAAUAAAAAUGAAGAGUUUAACUUAGUAUUUGGAACUAAAAAGUCAUCACGUAUUUCAAAGUCUAGGGUUAACAAUGUUGUAACUGUUCCAGCAGACGUCUUCAAUAAUAUUUCUUGUUCUUCUGAUGCAUUGCAAUCAUCAUUUUCUCAGACUAGUGAAUAUUUAGUAUAUUUACCACCGGGAUGUAACCGUUACUCUAAUAAAUUGGAAACAGUUUAUCCAGUUAGUACAUUGCUGCUUGAAAAUGAAAUAGAUUUAAUGACCGAUUAUGCAAAAGAAGUGAUAAGCAUGUUACCGAUUUCUUCUGACAAUGAAGAUUUAUCAAAAUUUUUCAUAACAAAUUUGAACAAACUACCUCAUAAAACGAUUCAAAAUAUCUGCCUACUUACCUUUGCUGAUGGACUGAUUGAAUUGUUGCGAUUAAAAUCGCAUGAAUUAAAUGCUAGAAACAUUGAAAUUUACCCAAAUUCUGAAGUAAUAAAUGAUAAAGUGUUGGAUAAUUUUGUUGAAUACACUGUGACCGGACGAGAUUUAACAUCUAAGAUGAAGGAUAAAGCUGUAUGUCAUAUAAUUAUAAUUAUGAUGUUAAUCAACAUGUAUACAUUUGACUUAACUUGUAUAUCUUCAUUUCUUCCAUCAAGUAGUCAAAAGAGAUUGACAUUGCUGAUGAAGGUAGUAGGGGCAUCACUAUUGAAAGAUGAUCCAACCAAGUAUACUAUGAAAAUGCCAUUAGCAAGCCUACCUGCAUUUCAAAAACUAUCAAAAAAAAGGCAUUAA